UACAGGUGUGACGAAUUUAUAGAAUAAGCGCGCUUAAUUAUUUUCUUAGCUGGUUAGCUACACGAUAGCCAUAUAAAUACAUUGGUGUUUCCUUCCCACCCGCCAUUUUAUGUUGAGAAACAACUGUUUACUGUAGCUACAGGUAAGCCAUGCAGCUUUCGUGAAAUUGUCAGAUAAUAGGUCUAUUUGCUGUUGUCAGUUUAGCCCAUUUUAUAAGCUGUGGUGUAGAGUACGUAACCGCCGACGAUUUAAACGAUACAAGACGUUUACAUUUUUGAGGAAGUAGUAGUCUAGCUAUCGAUUCUUUGGCUUGUUUGGCUGCCUGGCCAGCCAUCUCGUCUUUCCAGCGAAAUGAGUUACGGUAGGCCUCCGCCCGAUGUUGAGGGAAUGACUUCACUGAAAGUAGACAACCUGACGUACAGAACUUCGCCUGAGACCUUAAGGCGAGUAUUUGAGAAGUAUGGUCGGGUUGGAGACGUGUACAUCCCCCGGGAUCGUUAUACGAAGGAAAGCCGAGGAUUCGCCUUUGUGCGGUUCCACGACAAGCGGGACGCAGAAGACGCUAUGGACGCCAUGGAUGGGGCCGUACUCGAUGGGCGCGAAUUGCGCGUGCAGAUGGCCCGCUAUGGACGCCCCCCGGAUUCUCAUUAUGGUCGUCGCGGAGGGCCACCCCGAAGGUACGGUGGCUAUGGAAGACGAAGUAGAAGCCCACGACGCCGGAGGCGCAGCCGGUCGAGAAGUAGGAGUCGUUCACGCAGUCGCUCACGCUACAGCAGAUCACGGUCCAGGUCCUACUCCAGGUCACGAUCGCGCUCCAAGUCGCGCACGCCCCGCAGGAGCAAGUCUAAAUCCGCGUCCAGGUCCCGGUCCAAAUCGAAGUCCAAGUCCAAAUCCCGCUCCAGGAGCCGCACACCACCUUCCAAUAGAGCAUCAAAGUCCAGAUCAAGAUCGAAGAGCCAGCCCAAGUCACCAGAGGAGGAAGGCACUGCGACCUAAUUAAGCCGCAUUAAGGGUAAGGCUGGGGGGUUUCUACUAACACAGUAUGUGAGUUAGAGGGGUUAGUCAGUUUUUUUAUUUUUUAUUUAAAAAACGCGAGCAUGCUCAAUUAUUUCCAGGAGACGGUAAUGGUAAGACACAGUUGUAGUUGUAAAUCUGCUUGGGGUGAUCUAACAAUUCUGUCUGCAGCUUUUUGCUCUCAGAAGGUGGGCAAAAUUAAGUGACUUCACAUUAAUUUACAACAUGGUGAGGGUAUGUCUCUUGGGCAGGUCUGUCAGACAUCGUCUGGCUUCAAAUUUAGUAAUUUUAAAUUGAAUGAACCACAUUACCCUAGCUGGUAGUGGUGCAAAAUCUGAUUACCUAAGUGAUUGCCAGUUCAGUCAUCAAUACCUUUGACAUACUUGCCUUAAGGGUGGAAAAGUUCCUAGAAUUGUUCCAGUGAAUUUAAAGAUUAGUAUAUAGCCUCUCGUGCAUUGAUCUUUUCCUGCUUAUGUUUUAGCUUCCAUUUCAAAUGAAAAGGAUUACCCUUAGUGAAUUUUCUGGGGGUGGGUGGCAGUGGGUGGUAAAUAUUGUUGGAUGCACAGGAGUGAAUAUAUUUUUUGCAAUAUUUGAAAAUGGUUUUGGGUUUAAAAUAUUCACCAAAAAUGUGGAAUUCUCUCCUCAAAGCUGCUGUUUCCUGUUUGCAAAAAUGGAGUUUGGUGCAGUUUGAGCAGUUAGUGUGUGAUCCGCCCAUGGGCUGCCUGCUGCUGUUGGGGGUUGCUAUGGAGCAGGUCGGUCUGUCAGUGUUGAGGUGGUGUUGAGGUACGUCUGCAGGACAAUGGACCUGAAGCUUUACAUUGUCCUCCAGGUCAUGUGCUCUGGUGUAUUGGUACAUAGACUAAAACAGGAGGAAAUGAGGUUUGUUUGCCCAAUUGUCAGACUAAAAGACCUCUGACCUGGCUGUGUGCAUUAGUGAUACACCCUUUUACAUGUGUGAAUUAAUUCAACAAACCAAAUUAAUUUCUAGAGGAAUCUUUUCACAUCACUUGGAGUACUUGUUCCCAAAUGAGUUUUGGGAAAGGGACACAUUUUUAGAACAGUCACCAUAAACACAUUCAUUGAUAAUUUGGAGCACUGCACAAACAGAAAUUCACAUUCAUGUAAUUUGGUGGUAACCCAAAUUUAAUAAUCCCCUUAGAAUUAUGGUAAUAUUUUACAAGCCUAAUGGUUGUAAAGAUUUAACUGAAAAUAUUGUAUUCUCACAUUAUUAUUUUUUUGUUUCUAGAUUCUUUUCAGAUUGAGACUUCACUGAGGACAGCCCAUCAAAAGUACAGGCCUCAAAGAUGAUUCUCCACCCUGACAGUUUCUGAUUUAAAAGGUUAUUGUCACCGUCUGAAGGUUUUAAAUACAUUUUUUAUUUUUGGUUAAGGCUUGCUUGUGCCAUCUCAUAAUUUGUUGAAAAGGAUAACCCUCAGAUGGGCUUGUGCAAUUGCUGUAAAUCAAAACUUGUUUUCUGUUAAUCAUAGUGUGGAGUUGUAGAGUAUUUCAGUUGUAAUCAGUCUGAAUUACAUGCAAUUAUUGAUCAGUGUGCGUAUCAUAUGUAGAAAAUAGUGACUAAAUCAGAUGGGCACCUAAGUUUUUCAUUGCCCUCAGUUGGCUUUGGAAUGAAUCUCGCGUUAUCUGCAAAAUGCUUUGAAUUGCAUGUCAAGUCGCUCUAAUGUUGAAGUAGUGCAGGUGUAUAUGACAAAUGUAAAUGUGUGCAUCAGCGGGGUCAGAAGGGGUCUUCAGUCUCAAGCGGAGGGGGAAUGAUUGUUUGAUCCAGCAUUGUUUGUUCUUUUGAUUUAUAAUUGGUCGUUUUGUUAUUCUAAUCCUCUCUCUUGUGUAUUUUUUGUGCAUUAGGCGCAGUUGUGUAGCAGUUGAGUAUUGCUGGUUAGCUGUUAAGGUGGCCUGUUGCAGUGCAGAGAGCUUGGCUGUUUCCAGUUUUCUCCUGGUUGCUCCUGUGUUACAAUGCCUUGGUGUGCCUUGAUGUGUAAAAACGGCUGCAGCAGAUUAUCCUUUAAAAUACUGGUCACCUGCGUUUCCUGACAUCUGAAUGUCCUUUUUUUCCCAUCCCUCAGCCUAUUGGAACCUGUAGAAGCGUUCACAUUUUGUCACAUUCUUUUAGACUUUUUUUUCCUCCCUUGAAAGUUACUUGUUACAGAGAAUGUUAACUGCAUUUUGUAGCCUGUUCUUAGACUAUUCCUUUAACUUUCUAUACUUGUAACAAUGUGAAUGCUAAUAAACAAUUUUUGUGUAA